GCGGGAGAUUAUAUUGCGAUGAUGUUGCCGUCUGUUAUUUGACCCUGGUUUCAUAGUGAGCCAAGAGAUUCAUGUUAGGAUGUCGUCGGGUGAGAUACGUUCACGCUCGGCGGCAACCUGGCUGAAAACAGCACAUGCAUCAUCCAUCCAUCCAGUGGGAGCACACACGACGGCGCCCGACCCUUUUCUUGACCUACGACACUUCUAAGCCAGUACGAACGCGCGGCAGGAGACCAGAGAGCAAUAAGCAUGGAGGGCUCGAGCGCUGAAGCCAACGGAAGGUCGCCGUCUUCCAGGUUCCCGGCAUUGCCCUGGGGGGCAACCGCGCCUCCAUUUCCCAAGGACGCGUACUCGCGGAAGAAGGCACUGGACGACAUACCAGCGCUGAGCUAUGCGCUGCAUCUCUUCCUGGCAUCGCACAUGGUCGAGUCUGAGGAUUAUUGCCGAGAAUACGAUCCGAAGAGGGAACAUCUCUACUUCGCAGCCGGAUAUGGGCUCAUUCAGUGUUUCAAGGGCGUCAUGUCCUUUGAGGAUGAGGACCUCGUCGCCGCUCUCAGCCAUGUAAAACAUGGAAACAGCGUCGCAAGCCACCAUCGGAAACGUGCAGCGCCAUUACCUGCACGAUUGGUGGGACUUGUCGUCCCGUCACUGAACACUUCGGGGGUUGGUUGGAUCAAGAGCAUGACGCCGAUCGAGCGGCACGCCGAGCUGGUGUACGCGGAAAGCCUCUUCGAAAAGGCCAUCCUCGGCAUCGCCUAUUCGGGCGAUUGGCUCGCAUUCAUCAAAGAAGCACUGAACAUGCGUACAACGAUCAACAUCUACCGCCAAUUAGGCAAGUUCCUCGAGGCCGUCGACGCCGAGGCGCAAGCGAGAGGGGAGGGGCCCGAGGACAAGUCGGUUGAUGCGCACUUCCGGUCAGGGGUCUGCCUGGGCGUCGGGAUGUCAAACGUCGUCUUGUCGCUGAUGCCAUCCAAGCUGCUCACGAUAAUCGAGCUUUUUGGAUACAGUGGAGACAGACAUGCGGGCCUGGCGUACUUAAUGAAGCCUGGGGGAUGGUCGGCGCACUCGGAAGAGCCUGCCGUCAGUCUUGAACAGGAGGGCCUUCGCCGCACAAUGUGCGACAUGGCGCUGAUGCUCUUCCAUCUCGUUCUGUCGAACUUCACGUUCGAGGGCAUCGACAUUGGCAUGGCGCAGAAGAUUUUGGAUUACCAUAUCAAGCGGUAUCCCAACGGUGUCUUCUUCCUUUUCGGCGAAGGACGACUGUGCAUGUGUCGCGGUCAACCGGCGCAAGCUAUCGAGUACUACAAGAAGGCUAUGAAUGCCCAAAACCAGUACAGGAAUAUGCAUCACAUCUCCCUUUGGGAGAUGGCCAUCGCGAGUUUCGCGCUCUGGGAUAUUCCAGCAUCUUUGCAGAGUUGGCAGGUUCUUGCAGAUGAGGCAACAUGGUCAAAAGCCACAUAUAAUUAUGGUAUUGCCGUGUGUUUACUGCAGAUUGGUGGCGACGACGAACGUGAACGGGCAGCACAGUUGAUGGCGAAGGUGCCAAAUAUGCGGCAACGAAUCGCGGGAAAGUCAAUACCUCUAGAGAAAUUUGUCGCUAGAAAAGCGCGUAAAUUCCAGGACCAGGGUGACCGUCUCGAAUUGCCCGCGCUAGAGUUCGCAUAUUUCUUCAUGGCCAUCGCACGUUCGCCGCGCGAAGUCGUCGUCGAGAAGCUGUUGCCACCAGUGCAAGACCUCCUGCUCCAGCUGAAGAUUCACAGCGAGAAGCCGUCCGAGUAUGCGGGUGGGCAUGGGUACUGGGAUGAUUAUUGCCUGGCGCACUUUUUGCAAGGCAUCUGCCUGCGGUAUAUUGCAUACCCUGACGCGGACACGGUCAUCGAUCCUGGGGAGAAGCUUAGCAUCUCGGAAACGGAGGCAGAACGGGGGGCGAUGCUCGCCUUCGAGGCUGUCAUCGCGGAUGGAAGCAAGAUCGUCCUGGAUCACUACCUCAUCUACCAUGCGCAUUACGAAUAUGGCCGGUUGUUGGCGUGUAAGGGGGACAAAGAGGGCGCACGGCGGCAUCUAGAGCUUGUAAUGUCUGGUAAACCGCUCGAAGGCCCAGGGGUCACUAGAAAGGGCAAAUACAGCAUGGAGAACGCCCUCCACGUCCGCACGCACGCCGCGCUCGAAGCAUUGGACCACAAGACCCGUCUCUGACUAGAUUUUUCAUCUCACGCGUGCUCACGAACUUCACGAUAGUAUUGACACCAAGUAGAAAGGUAUAUAAUGCGCAGAAUCCACAUCUUGUCUUGUUUGCAUCCUU